AGUGUGCAAAGGCUUUAUUUUUAAAGCAAAACAUUUGUCCAAACCAUACCUUAAUCAGCCCAACUCAUAGUUUUGAUCAACCUUAGACUCUAAGAUCACCAUAUUUUUGUAACUUAUCCGGUUUCAAAAUAUUUUAUCCCAUCUGAUCUAAACUUUUCUUUUAUUAUUAAUUUUUUUUAUAUAUUUUUUUUAAAAUGGAUAAUUAGAGUUGAAUUCAUGAUAAAUAGUUAAAUUUUUAGGGUAUGUUUUAACUACAACUACCCAAAAUCCAAAUCUUCAGAUUACCUUUACUUGUAAAAGAAAUAAUAAAAAAUUCAAAGAAGCUUAUAAUAGGAAAGUCUUCAAUCCCAAACAAUCAAACCAUUACUAAACCGACUUUUUCACAUUAUAAAUUGGAGGUAAAGACCCUCAAAUCCAUAAUAUUAAAACUAUACAGCACCAUCUGUAAUCGUCAUUAAAAAUCCUCAAAGGUUUUAACGUAGAAAAGUGAAAAAAAAUCGCGAUUCAACAUGGAGAAGAUGAUGAAGAACAAUAAUGAAACAAGUUUCUUGCAAUCAAAUGAUCCAAUAUACUGCGCUAACGGGUGUGGUUUCUUCGGGACCGCGGCGACAAAGAAUCUAUGCUCAAAGUUUUACAAAGAUUACUGUCUCAAACCCUUGGUGACAACCACUUUGGAGAAGUCCUUAAGCUGCUUAUCUUUAUCUAGCGAUAAAGAAAAGAAAGAGGAUAAUAAUGUUAAGGAGGCUGUUGCUGCGGAGGAGUCGGGUUCGAAGAAGGCGGCUAAUAACAGGUGUGAGAUGUGUAACAAGAAGGUUGGAAUGAUAGGGUUCAAGUGCAAGUGUGGGAGUACUUUCUGUGGAUCUCAUAGGUACCCUGAAGAACAUACAUGCACGUUCGAUCACAAAGCUGCUGGUAUUGUUGCCAUUGCUAAGGAUAAUCCUCUAGUUGUACCGAAGAAAUUACAGAAAAUCUGAUCUUUAAUAAGUACGAUUUAAUUAGAGUAUCAAAACACUUUUAAUCUAUAGUUUCAAAUUUGUGCUAUUUAAUUAAUUAUGAGUGACUACUUGUUUACAAUGGGUAAAUGUAUAUGACUAGAUUAGGGAAAUCAUAUAAUAGUCGAUUUUAUAUGAUUUUGGGUUACGACUAAUUAAGAAGUUGUAUAUGUUGCGUCCACUGUAUACAAGACUUAGUGUUAGUAUUGUUUCAAUUGUGAAGCGUAUUUUUUUUUUUUUUUUAUAUAAUAAUAAGUUUGGUUCUUGGUAAUCCUAAUGGGCAAAUCUAUACUAUAUAAUUUGUAACAAUGAUGUUUUAGUUCAAUAUAUUUCUUUUAGAGUGAUAUUGAUAAAAUGUUAUGGUUGCACCAAGAAUGAUAUUAUUGAGGAUAGUGCAUGCUGGUAUAUAUGCACUAAUUGAUCUUGAGUGAGCAUUAAGAAACUUU